AUAUAAAUAUAUACACAAACACAAUCUUACUUAGCUUAGUUUUUAUUAUUAUCUUCCAAUCUACCUAUACUCUAUCAUGGUGAAACUCAAAACUCCCUUGCCCAAACUCACAUGUAGAGUAUAGUAGAAUAGAUCUUCAACUUUCUCCCCCACUUACUUCAACUUCCUCUCGAUUCUAGAAACCCUAACACACACACCUCAAUUUUCGUUGGUAAAAAAAAUUAUUUUUCGCCUUUCUUUUCAGCUUUUUUUAGGGAGAGAAGGUGGAGAGUGAUAUGGAAUUCGACGAGCAAGAGGAGCAGGAGGAGGAAAUGGGGAUGCCGGACCCGCCGGUGCCAGCGCCGGUGGCAAGUUACGACUCGCUUGGAAACCCCGCGGCUCGGUCCAAAGGCGCCGGCGAGGGACGGAAGGGAGCGUUCGGCGCCGCCGCGGUACGGUACCGAGAAUGCCAGAAGAACCACGCCGUGAGCUUCGGCGGCCACGCUGUCGACGGAUGCUGCGAGUUCAUGCCGGCCGGCGAGGACGGCACUCUGGAGGCCGUGAUUUGCGCCGCCUGCAACUGCCACCGGAAUUUUCACCGCAAGGAGAUCGACGGCGAGAUGAGCUCCUUCCACCACCGAGCGCAGCCGCCGCCACCGCUGCACCACCACCAUCAAUUCUCCCCGUACUAUCACCACCGAGUCCCACAGCACCCAGCCGCCGGAGGCUACCUCCACCACCACCUCGGCACGCCUCCAAUGGCGCAGCACCGCCCGCUCGCCCUCCCGGCUGCCGCCUCCGGCGGCGGACUCAGCCGCGAAGACGAAGACAUCUCGAAUCCGAGCAGCAGCGGCGGUGGAGGUGGCGGCGGCGGGGGAUCCAAAAAACGGUUCCGAACGAAGUUCACGCAGGAACAGAAGGAUAAGAUGCUGGCAUUCGCGGAACAGCUGGGGUGGAGAAUCCAGAAGCACGAUGAAUCAGCUGUGGAACAGUUCUGUGGUGAGACGAAUGUGGAGAGAAAAGUUCUGAAAGUUUGGAUGCACAAUAACAAGAACACUCUCGGUAAGAAACCCUAAUUUCGGAAUUAUUGUUAUUAAUAUAAUAUAUAGUAUUCUUUCUCUCGAUCUUUCCGUUGGGUUCCAGAGAGAAAAUUGUAAUUUGAAAUUGAAUUAAUGGAGAUGAAGCUAGGGCUGUUCCUUUGGUUAA